AAAAGAGGAGACAAGGCUAGCAGGACCUGUCAUUCUAACACAUUAGCCUGGAUUUUCCUAAGCUGGUACUGGUAGUACACUUGCGACGCACAUGGAAUAACCUGGUUACGGCUUUAUAAUGUUUUAAUUGAAGGCCGUAUGUCGGGGAGUGCGAGCUAUCAUUCUACGUAAAUGCAAUUGAUGUGCAGCGCGACAAUUGGCCUUCCUUGCAUGUUGAUGGCGAAGCUUUAAUCAUCGAGGUCACAGUGCCAGGCGUAAGCUGGACAUAAUCAUACCUUUUACGUCUAAGUUACUUAUGUUGCGCGCUCCCUAAUCACUGGGAAUGCCCGCACAGUAUCCGGCCCCAAAUGGAUGCACCUUUCUGUCGCACUUGUUACGAACCGGCGGGAAAACUGCUAUCCUGCAACUGCUGCGGAGCAUGCCACCACCCUUCAUGUGCCCAGCUAUUCAGCCCCGAGGCGCGCCCAACAGACAAUAUCCAUCUCGGCCUUCCUCGGCUCCCUGCUAGCCCACGCAGCAAUGGCGAACCCACAGGAGCUUCGAUGUCUGACCCCUGCCCGCCAACGCCGCAGCUGCCGCCUUCACUAGCUAUACAAGCCACAAGCCGCAUGCAGACGCUGCCGAAUCCGUCACUGUCGACAAGGAGUGAUGCCUGCGAGUGCGACAACACUGGUGCAAGCCUGGGCAUCACCACCAGCACAGGCGACGGUAGCGGCUGGUUCUGCCCCGCAUGUCGAUGCAUACGCUGCGCAAAGCCUUGCAACCGUACGAUACUGAACCCUGGCACGCUGUUGCCACUGCAACCACCCCUUCCGCCUGAAGCAGUCCUGGUUUCGGAGCUUGAUGCCCUGCCGGCUCCGGGCACGGGGCAGCGGCGGUCGCAUGCAGCGCAACUGGCGUUAUGGCGGUUGAUGCCGGCAGCAGGGCAGCAGGCUAGGCCUCAGCAGGGCUGCCGUACCGCCUUGAGGCUGGCAUCAAUACAGUUGUACGGCAAGGAAACCAUGCCGCCACCGCCACUGCCUCCGCCACCACCGACCCUGGCGCCCGAAGCCACGUCGGAGUUGCAGCAGUCCGCUGCUGGGACCCCGGCGUGCAAGCGGCGCCGAUUGACCGAGUACUGCUGUGAGGAGCGGAGCUGCGCACCCACCGGGUCCUCUGCACUCGGGCAGUUGACACCGCCACCGCUGCUGCCCCUGCUGCCUGGAUCGCUACCACCACCGCCACCACCACCUCCGGCAACACCGUCACCGCUGCAGCCUACAGCACCAUCGACAUCGCAGGCAUCGCUUGCGCUAGCGUGCAGGGUGCAGGAUCAGCAAGGCACCCCGCUUUUACACGCACUGCCCAACGGCCGCAAACGGACGGCCCAGGACAUGGAUCCCCAUCCCGAACAACCCGAGAAGCGCUCACAUGCCCCAUCGCACCAAGAGCAUCAGGAGCAAUCAGCUCAUCCGGAGCAGCAGCAGCAGCAGGCGGCAGGUGCAGACCAGGCUGAAACAACAACAACAACAACAGCGGCAGCGGCAGAAGCGGCGGCAAGCGCUGGCCAGCGCCCUGCAAAGCGCCCUCACCUGAACGCCCUCGAACGGUUGCGACUCCUGCAGCAGCGCAAGGCGCAGCAAGGGGGCUCCGCUCGAGCCCGUGCUUGUGCUGGUGCCGGUGCUGACGGGACAGUCGCCACCGCUGGUGGUGGUGGUGAUGGGGGCUCAGGACGGACUCGGGCCUUGGCAGCAGGAGCAAGCGUGGCGGUGGCGGAGGCGGCAGCAGCGGGGCCAGGAGGAGGAGGAGCUGCUUCACCUGCUUCGGGCCUUAGUGCAGCCUGCGGGCGGAAGUCAUGGGCUAUUCGAAAUGUGGCAGCGACCACCUUUGUGGAUGAGGACGUGUGGGCGGCGCUCGACGGCGACACCGCACCAGGCGACGGCCCCGUUGCUGCUGCCCGUGACGGCGGCGACGGUGCUGUUGCUUGCGGUAGUGGCGACAUGAGCGGCCACGUCAGCGGCGCUGGCUUCGAGUGCAAUGCUGCCAUGGCGACAAAGGAUGCUGCUGCUGCUGCAGCUGCAGGUGAAGCGGCAGCGAUGCCGACCGCACCCCCCUUACCACUCACGCCUGCAGUGGCACCAGCAACAACACCGCCAGACGUGCCAGCAGCAUCUACCGGAGCACUCGGACCGGUGGCGGAUAGACCGCAACUUGAUUCGCCUUCAAGGACAGCAGCAGCAGCGGGCAGCGCUGUUGCUGGCGUCACUGUCGCCGGCCCCGCGGUCGCCAGCGCAGGCGUCAGCGCAGCCUCUUCUGUCGUGCGCUGCAGCUGCUGCGGCCGGCCGUGUCAUGUGGGCUGCCUGACCGUUCAAGAGGUCGCUGAACGACUGGAGGCAAGCCAGACAGCUGCUGGGGCUGCUGCUGGGGCUGCAGGCGGCAUCGCGCCCCACAGGAGCAGCAGUCGCCCUUAUGGCGGCGGUUCCGGAGCUAAGGUAACAAAUGGGAGCCCAACGGGGGAGGCGGUGUACGGCAGGGCUAGCAGCAGCUUCCUGUGCAGCAGUGAAUGUCGUACAUUAGUAAGGGAGCUGCAGCGGCUGCAACGCGGUGGCUGUCAGCCCGUGACUUUGAGGCGGAAGAGGAGGAGCAGCAGCGGUUCGGGGCUGGCUGGCAUGAGUGCAUGCGUGGUGGAAUGGCAGCUGCUGGAUGUCUUGCCGCCGGGCGGGACGGCGGCGGUCUGCGCAGGCGGCGGCAGUACCGACAGCCGCAAACAUGGCGGUAACUCUGUUGUGGUGGUGGCGGGGUCGGCGGCGGCUGCUGCCGAGCGAGCAGAAAGCAGGGGCGGCGAGGGUAGUGGCGGCGAGGCUUGGGGCUUGGAGGUGGAAGACCUACAGGCAGAGGUGGAGCAACACCUGCGAGACCUGGAGGCAUGCCUGUCCCCACCCGCCACCUCACCGUCUGCUGCUGCUGCUACCGAACAGCCUCGGGACAAGCCACUGCCAUCGCCUACCUCGCCAUCUGCGGAAAGGGCUUCUUACGAGCCCCUGCAGCAACCCCAUUUGCGCUCUGCUGGACCCAGCACUGGCGCUACAGCUGCAACCGCUACAACUGCUGCUGUUGCUGCUGCUUCCGGGGCUUCGGGCAACCGCGGCGGUGGUGGCGGCGCGGCUGCUUCAGGCACCAGCACCGCAGCCGGGGUGGCCGAGCAGCUACCCGUGCUAGGGCGGUCUGAAUGCCGUUCAGCAGGAGGAUUGCUGGGUGGAUUGGAGUGGUGGUUUCCGCCGCUUUCCAGGCACAGUAACUGCAGCGGCGAAGACGGCGACGGCGGUACGGCCGACUGCGGCGGCGGCGGCAGUUGGCCUGGGUGCAUGCAGCGCUGCGCUGUGCUGUGGGUGGAUGGUCGCAUAGGCGCGGUGAUGCCGGUCCGAUUGUACGGCAGCAGCGUGGCUGUGCUCCACCUACCCGCCAUCCACCCUCGCCACUCCUCUGCCGAACCCGCGGCGCUCCUACUCCAAGCCGUGGAGGCCGCGCUAGCUGCAUGCGGCGUCAGGACCCUCCUGCUCGCCCUCACCCCGGCGGCGUUGCAUGACAUUGCCGUACGACAACCUGUGCCGUACGACAAUCUGCUGCUGCCUACUGAACGACGUGACGAGCCGCCGCGACUGGCGGCGGAGGCGGCCGCUGCAGGUACCUCCGCCAGCACUACCGCGGCGGCGGCGGCGGAGGCCUGGGUUGGUUGCCUGGGCUAUACGCCAGCGAAGGGCCGCUGGUUGGAGGCCGCUGACCUGGACGUCCAUGCGGUGUGCAGGAUUGAGCCGCCGCCGCCGCCGCAGCAGCCUCAGCAGCAGCAAGAGGUGCAGCCACUGCUUGGUGACGAGGACGUAGCUACCGUGGAACGUGAGGUGGGGACACGCGGCAGUCGCUUGUUACUCUCUGGCAAGGAGUCGCCAAAGCUACCCAGCAAGGAUGACGCCAACAGCAUCCAGCCGUGUCUUGCAAUGCCUGGCUCCAACAACACAACCGACACGGCAGUUGCCACCGCCACAGUUGGAGCGGCUGUUGGACCGCUGUUGGUUGGUACGGCAGUGAACCCUGGCGGCGACGGCAACGGUAGCGGCACCCCUGUGGUGCGUGAUGAUGAUGAAGGUGAAGCCGCCGGUGCGAUUGAAUCCGCUAGCUGCGACACCGCGGUUGAUACCCGGGGUGCUAGUGCCAGCGACCCGGUUGAAGCUGGCUUCGGGCGUGCUGCUGGCGUCGGCGUCGGCGGCGGCGGCGAUGAAACCGGCGAUGGCGGCCCUGCUAGCCGCGGCGGAGCCGGAGCCGGAGACACACGCGUCGGAGGCGCCUCGGGCGGCCAUAGUCGUAAUGAUGGUAAUCAUCAUUCCUCUCGUGCUGGUGUGGCGGCGGCUUCCGACGGACCCCCAGACGGACCCCCAGACGCUCCCGCCGUCAGCGGUGCUGCGGCACAUGGCGGCAUGAGCAGCCCGGAGGACAGGCAGCUCCGCAAUGAGGAGGAUACAGCACCGCCUGACACCUCUGCCGUCCAUGACACCGCCGUCACUCACGGUGUUGUCGCUGUUGGGGGUACGGCAGCUGCAGCAGACGCCAGCAGGUCUGAUACGCGGCCUGAGCGGGGUACUGCUGCUGCUGUUGGGGAAGCUGGGCGCUCCCGCUCCCCUGCCGCCAGCACGGCUGGGCUGGGCAAUGGGGCUGCUGGUGCUGCGGAUCAGGGGGUUGAGGGGGUUGGGGCUGAUUGCGAGGAGGAGGCGGAUCCGCUGGCAAUGUGCGACGACGAGGAGUACAUUGAGCAAUAUGAAGAAGAAGCCAUGCAGCAGCAGGGCGACCAGGAAGCGGAGCAGCUGCCGCCACCGCCGCCACAGCAGCAGGAGGAGGAGAAGUCAGGGCGCGUUGUUGCGGCGAGCGACGACGUUCGCAGCAACGGCAACGGCGGCUCCGGAAGAGGAGGAGGAGGAGGAGGAGGAGGAAAAGGAGGCGGAGGCGGUGGGCGACGUGAUAAGCUGCUGCUUCAUGGUGGCGAGGCGGCCACAAGGGCUGGUUGCGAGCGGGUGAAUGACUCCCAGCAGCAACCACCCGCCUCUGUGCGAACCAUCAAGUCCCCACCCGCUGAGGCGGCAUCGGCAGAGCGCCGGGGCGUGCGGCGAGGGAGGGCGGAGGAUGGUCGCCAGGGCAUGCGGCAGCUCGGAUCUGAGGACGAGGCUGGUGGUGGUGGUGGGGAAGCGAGUGGCGGCCGGCGGCCUGUGCGCCCGCUGGAAGCAGCAGCACAGGGUCGGCCUGGAGACGAGAGACAGCGACGGCUGGAGGCAUGGCGACAGCGGCACAGGGAGCUCCUGGCGCGGGACGGCUGUCCUCCGCCCGGCCACUCCGACCGGCCGCCCUCCAACGCCGACGAAGCCCACACCACCGCUGAAGCUCCCUACCGUCGCCGCCUUCACCACCACCAAGAAGACACGCAACGACCCAGGGAAUCACAUCCUCGGACAAACCCUCAGCAGUCCUGGUGGCGCGGAGACCCCCACCACGGACCGGACCCACGCCUGCAGCAGUACAGUUCACCAGAGGGCAGUGAGUCAUGGCGGGUGAGACGGCUGUUAGUAGAGCAGCAGGAGAGAGGGCAGGGAGCGGUGCAGCUGGAGGCGCAGGAUGGCCCCGGGCAACGCACCCUUAACACCCACCCACACGGCCCGCAGCAGCAGCAGCAGCAGCAGCCACCGCGGCAGCAGCAGCAGCAGCAGCGGCAACGGAGGAGCCGCUGGGACCAGCAGCACCCCGACAGUCACCCCCCGGAUCCCGGUCGUUGGGGCGACAUGGGAGGCGGCUGCAUCGUCGGGGCUCAUGCCCAGCUUCCGGCAGAGAGCCGGCAGCAGCCCACCAAUCCAACCGAGGCGCGCCAGUGGGGGUCAGCUGGUCGCCAUGAAUCCCAAGAUGAGAGGGACGGGGACAGGGCAGCAGCAGGUGGUGCUGCUGGUGGUGGCGACUGGGGAACACACCACCACCACCAGCCGCACAGGCAGCCGCAUCAGCCGCAACAGCAGUGGGACACGGGUCGCUGCUCGCCGCGGCUGCGACCGUUCCCAGCUCAUCACAACCGGCCCUACCCGCACCCGCACCCGCACCCGCAGCUAACUGGACAUGAACGUGACCGUGACCGACAUGAGGAGGAUCACCGCGGCUGGGGCGGCAGGCAUGACGGCCCUAGCCGCGGCCACACGGCAGACAUGGACAACUGCCCGGCGCACCUCCACAGCCGCCGCCGCAGCGCGCCGCAGCCGGAAUCUCCAGGCAGGUGGGAGCUGGACCCCUUGGGCCAGUCGCUGCUGCUGGAAGAGCGAGAGCAACCAGGGGUGAGCUGCCCCGAUCAGCGGCUGACAGCAGCGCGGGGCGGUGAUGCAGGUCAGCGGCAUGACUCGCAGCUACCCUUUCCAGAGCGUAAUACUGGCGGCGGCGACGGUGAUGGGGAUUGUGGUGGUGGUGGUAGUAGGCAUGGAGGUCCUGAGGAGCGACGUCCUCGCGCCUCCUCAUGUGUGGAUGAUGUAGCCGCAUUGCCUGAAGACGAGGAAAGGGAGCAGCAGCAGCGGCGCCUGGGUCGCUUUGACCGUACGGCAACAGGGCCGCAUGGGGGCGGGCAGUCGUACGGCCUGCAGCAUGGGGAACAAUCGCGGCAGCGGCAGUACGGCAACUGGUUUCACGGAGGACGAGGGGGACGAGGUUCACGUGAAGGGCCGGCAGGGAGCCCACAUCGCGACCUGCAAAGCCACUGGCAGCAGCACCGCAACCACCACCACCAACAGCAGCAGCAAGGCCCUGCGCAACGUCUGCCAAGCCCUGGCCGUGUCCCAGGGACCGACCCAUGGGUCCCCCAGCGCCAAUCCCAUGACUCCGGCCCCCAUGAGAACAACCGGCCAGAGGCGGAUGGAAGCCAGGAUCGGACUGCUGGCGGCUUGCGGGAAGGCUCCGACGAUGGGGUAAGGCCGCGGGACGAGGGUGGGGUGAGCGGUGCCCAGCCACCCAGCAGGGCCCCAAUGGAGGGUGAGACUCGGGCUGCUGCCACCGGGGGUGCGAUGUCGCCGGCGGCUGGAUGCAAGGACAGGGAGCAACGCUGCUUACCGCCGCACCUGAGGCAGCCCGCUCGAACCGGCCAGGCUAGCGGCGAUGGCGAUGGCGGUGGAGGCGGGGGCGGAGACGGUGGAGGCGGAGGUGCUGCCGCGGGGAACCUGCCCCGCGGGGAACCUGCGCGGUUCCGCGGGGAACCUGCGGAAACGACAGUGGCGGCGGUAGCAGCGACGGGGGAGGUGGUGAUCGCAACAGCAGUAACAGCAACAGUAACAGCAACAGUAGCAGCAGCAGCAACAGCAACAGCAACAGUAGCGGUGGCGGCUGCGGCGGCUGUACAUCCCAACGGCAGCGGAGGCAGCAAAGGCAACGGAGGCGGCGACAAGAUUCAUGCCCCAGAAGCUCGCCCGAAAGCAGCCCCCAAAAGCAGGCCCACCUCCUCCCGCUCCACUCCUUCCUCAACUAGCAAGUCCACGUCGUCAUCCUCCUCUUCCUCAUCGUCAUCUUCUUCUUCUUCGUCGUCAUCAGAGUCUCCAUCCAGCUCGUCAGAUCAAGAUUCGGAUACAAGAUCCCAUGGAUCCAAGGGUGGAUUCAAAACCAGAACCAGAACUAGACCGCGGGAUUCCCCUUCAGCAAGGACCGGCCCACACACCAGCGCACGCGGGCGCUGCUCUCGUGAGGGGCGGCCGCUAUCCCGAUCGCCGUCUCCUAGCAAGAUGAGGAGGAAGAGAAGCAGGACGCGGUCUGGUAGCAGAUCAGGAUCCCAACUGCCGGGAUCUAGAUCCAAGCCUAGGUCCCAGCCGCGUUGUCAAGAACCCAACGGAGGGACCCGCAGACAUAGCAAGGAACGGCCCUCCUCCUCUCCUCGUCCCCCUUCACCCAGCCCUCGCCGUUACCCAGGGUAUCGUGGAGCACUUCCCUGCAUCCGCGCUGGUGGCAGCAGCCGCCUCCUCCACCACCGCCGCUGCCGCACCUCCGACAGCUCCUCUCGUUCCGCAUCUUCACCCUCGCGGGAGCCACGUCGCCGCCGCCGCAUCAUCCGGAACGGAGCAGCAGGAGGCAGCCGCGCUCGCAACGGCCGCAGCAGCAGCAGCAGCUCCUCGGAACGCUCCUCCUCUCGCCCAUCGUCUCGCAGGCGCUCCUCUAGCAAAUCUGGUUCCCGUACUUCCGCAAGCACAUCAAGCACGAGCAGCGGAUCCGAAGCCAACAAGGGCUCCAAGCGCAGACGGCGAUCCAAGUCCAAUACCGGUUCAACAUCAACAUCAAGAUCAAGAUCCAGGUCACGAUCAAGAACAAGAUCAAGAUCCAGGUCGCCUCAGUGGCCCCCGCUGGGAUCUCGUUGGAAAGGUGCCGCUGGGGCUGCUCCUGCUGCGGCCCGCCAUGGGCCACGUCAUCAGCACCAUCGUGCACACGGGGAAGUGUGGUCAGGCCGGCAGUACCAGGGUCGAGGAGCAGGAGGGAGGUCAGGAGGACCCGGAGGAGGGCCAGGUGCAUGGGGGCAUCGUGGAGGCAGGUUUGGGCCCUUUCGCGGCGGACCCAUGGGUCGAGGACGCGGAUGGACACGCGGUGGUGGUGGUGGUGGUGGUGGUGGCGAAUAUGGUGGUGGUGGAGGGCGGAUGUAGCAUCAUCCCGGUGGUGGGCCGCAGCGGGGCGGCGGUCGGGUGUUCCAUGCGCCGCAUGAUCGCUUCCAACACCGCCAGCA